AUGGCAGGGAGUUCAGGACGCUCCACCACCAAUGCCAACUGUUGUGCCUACUAUUGCCUUACUUGCAAACGCAAUGGCAAGGUUAUUGAAUGUGUUAGAGGUACUGGUGCCUACUCUGGGAGGAGUUCAGCUCCUCAGGCUACUUUACAGACACAAGCACCUUUACAUACUCAGACUUUUGGAAAUAAGAAAGUAUCCCUACAAGAGUUCCUGAAAUUGAAAUCGCCAAAAUUCACAGGUUCUGAUAAUUCAGCAGAUCCUCAAAGUUUCUUGGAUGGGACACUCAAGGCAUUACGUGCUCUGGAAUGUUCUAGUGAGAGAGCGGUGGAGCUCGCAACAUACAAACUAGAGGAUAUGACCAAUACAUGGUAUGAAACUGUAUUGCUAGGAAGGCUGGUAGGAGCAACACCUUUGACAUCUGACGAGUUCACUAAGUUGUUAAAGAAUCAUUUCCUUUCAGGCAGCCUGAUAAAAAAAUAUACUAGAGACUUUGAGAGAUUGGUUCAGACUCCAGAUAUGGAUGUGUCAACAUAUAACACUAAGUUUUGUAAGUUGUCUAUAUAUGCUCCUUACUUAGUGCCUACCGAAGAAGCUCGAGUGAAGAGGUUUGUUGAUGGAUUGGUUGGUCGUCUAUACACUGGAAUGGCUCCACAGAUGAAGAAUUUAUCCUACUUUGAUGUAGUCGACCUUGCUAGAAAGAUUGAAAACAAGGGAUGUGAUGAGCAUGCAGCUAGUGAUUUACGAGAGUGCUUUCGGUGUGGCCAGUUAGAACAUCACUUGAGGGAUUGCCCUCAGCCUCCGGGGAAUUUCAACCAGGCUUCUAUUCAGUCAGUUGCACCUACUCAGGCUGUUCAUAAUUCUUCAGGUGCCACAUGUACAAGAAAUAAAGGUUGA